AUGAUUCUAAGCUUCUUUGAUCAAUUCUUAAGCCCUACUCUCCUAGGCCUACCCCUUAUCGCUGUAGCACUUGCGCUCCCCUGGGUUCUCUUCCCCACUGCCUCCUCUCAGUGGCUGUCCAACCGCUUACUUGUCCUUCAAGGCUGAUCUAUCAACCGGUUUACACAACAACUGCUUCUUCCCUUAAACACCGGGGGCCAUAAAUGAGCCCUCUUAUUUGCCUCCCUUAUACUCUUUCUUAUUACCCUAAAUAUGCUUGGCCUUCUUCCUUAUACCUUCACCCCUACAACACAACUGUCACUUAACUUAGGCCUCGCAGUUCCCCUGUGGCUAGCCACAGUUAUUAUUGGCCUGCGAAACCAACCCACCGUCGCCUUAGGCCACCUACUUCCAGAGGGAACCCCUACCCUGCUUAUUCCCGUAUUGAUUAUUAUCGAAACAAUUAGCCUGUUUAUUCGCCCAUUAGCUCUAGGAGUCCGACUUACAGCUAACCUCACAGCAGGACAUCUUCUUAUUCAGCUCAUUUCCACGGCCGCGUUCGUUCUUCUCCCCUUAAUGCCGACCGUCGCAAUUCUUACAACAGUUCUCCUCCUCCUCCUUACCCUUCUAGAAGUUGCUGUAGCUAUAAUUCAAGCCUACGUAUUUGUAUUGCUAUUAAGCCUUUACCUCCAAGAGAACAUCUAA